UAAUAAGAAAUUCCGACGAUAUUAGUGGGUGACAGCAUGCUGAGCAAACUUGUACUUCUAAUAGCCCUAGCGGGGAUCGCGGCUUCAUCGACGCUUAGGUCCAACGUAGACUUUGUAGAAAAUGUAAGAGAAUACGAGCAACCCCAAGGCCGCAUUGUGUCGGGCCACGACGCAGCCUUGGGUCAGUUUCCGUACCAGGCGCAUCUAAGAGCCAUCGACCAGUCCUUCAGAAUAUUGGGCUGCGGAGGUUCAGUUAUUCACGAAUCAUGGGUGAUCACAGCAGCUCAUUGUACAGCUAACUACCGUCAAAUUACGGUUCGUGCGGGUCUCAUCGAGAUGAAUUCAGCAGAGUACAUAUCCGACUCAUGGGACUGGUACAACCACCCCACCUUCAAUUCAGACAAUCCUGGAGCUGUGCAGCUUAAUGACGUCGCUCUUAUAAAACUGACCACUCCAAUUACAUUCAGCUCAAACGUUCAAAGGGUGAGGAUUCAGCCGUCCACUGAGGCAUUCAGUGACUAUUCUGAAGAGAGACUGAUUGCUAGCGGAUGGGGAAGGACUUGGACCCAAGCUCCAGCAGCAACAACCCUACAAUGGACAUAUCUCCGCGGCGUUGACCACGCUUUUUGCCUACUUAAAUUCACAAGCAAAUUUGUCAACUCCAACACUAUUUGCGCACAAUGGUACAACGUCACCUCACAAUCCGUUUGCCAGGGUGACAGUGGUGGUCCCUUAGUACAAUACAAAGACGGUGUCCCAAUCUUGGUUGGAGUCACUUCCUACGUAGCUGGAGUUGCAAACGGAGGUUGCCACUCUGGAAAUCCUAGUGGAUUCAUUCGACCUGGUCCAUUCCUCUCCUGGUUCCAAGAGGUCACUGAUGUCGACUUCGAAUCUUUGGAUGACCAAACUACCACACCAGCACCAACUACCCCUGAGCCAACUCCAGAACCCACCCCCGAGCCUACUCCAGAACCAACCCCCAAGCCUACACCUGAACCAGAAAAGCCAGAUGAAACUCCAGAGGAGGAGGAGGAGGAGGACGACGAUGAUGAUGAUGACGAUAUCUCCGAACUAUUGAAGAAGUUACAGGUCAAGGUGCGAGUGGAAGUCAACUUAAAGAAAUACAAGAAAGUUGCUGGAAAAACUAAGGAAAUCGAACACGUCAAAUAUUUGCCGAUUGAAUAACAUUAAUUCCAAAUACGCGAUGUUUUUUUAUUAAUUAAACUAUUUACCAGAAA